CGCCAGCUUCGUAAGCACUGUCUUGGGAAAAUUCAAUCCCGGCAACAUUCAAUGGCAACGUCUGGAACCUGGGAUAAUGCAUCACCCCUACGGCCACUAGUCAAGAAUCCCGACCAAAGCGCUGGGAAACCCUGGGCUGACAGCCCCUGGCCACUGAUCGAGACCCCGUUGAGAACGCACACUAUUAACCACCCAGCCUUGCAAAUAGCCAACGAAACAGCACAUAUGCACAAUGCCAUGUUGCGUGGCAUGAACGCGAUACAACUCCAAGCACCUCACAUCAGGGAAAUGAGGGACAUUGCAGACUUCCUGUUUUUUACACGCUGCUGGAGUGUGUGGGUCAUGGACUACCACCUCAUGAAGUCAACGCAGAUGUUCCCAGCCUUCGCAGAAAUUCUCAAAAAUCCAGGCACAUCACCAACGACGAACUUGGAGAGGAAACUUUACUUUUUACCUGCACUGCAACAGGUACUAAUCUAUGCCGAGGAAGUUUCCGCGCAACCGCAAUCCUACAAUGGAGAGGUCUUGUAUAGGCUGGUCGAAGAGCUCGCACGCCUUUUUCGGGAGCACCUAGCUGCUGAGGUUCCGCUGUUGAUUUCCCUCCAACAAAUGUGCGGUCCUGCAAACAGCGUGUCAUCGGAAGAACGUGGGAGCAAGCUUCUUCAGGUGUUCCUUGGUUGUGAAGCAGAAGCGAGCAAUGGCGUCGACCGCUUCGUUGUGCCACCGAUGGUGGUGAGAUUGCAUGACACGACAUAUGAAGGCGGCAACGACUGGCCGCGGUUGUCUAUAAUGGCUUUGCAUGCUGUGGAGGAUAAGCUGUCACCAAAGUACGCUGGAGCUUGGAGGUUCUUGCCUUGCAAUGUUUGGGGCAAGCCACAGGAUCUGCCAUUUGCUUAGGGUGGGAAGGGAAAGUCAAAAGAGAGACCCCUCAACGAAUACGGCCCCCACCAUCUGUAGUAUAUACUUGGGUACAUGUUAAUUUCUUUUGAUGGGGAGCUGUCAGGGGUUUUCCUGUUGCCGUCUCUCAGUAUUUCGUAUCUUCUCGAUUGCUGAAUAUUUCCAAUCCAGCGAUGUAUGUUUUGAAGUAGUGUUAGAAAACUUUUUUAUAAGAAAAUAACGCAUAGAACGCGUAUAAAGAUAUUCAGGUAAGAUACGCCUAAGUUAUACCUAGCCUAAAAUAUAACCUCG